AUGGGAGAAAGUUGCUCCGGAGUAUUGGCUCUGGUGGAUCGACAGAUUACCGUUUGCCAGUACGACGAGACUAAAACGAACCGACAAUGCAUCUAUCAUGCUGACUGUCUCCAAGGCCAGCAAUGUCUACGAAACGACAGCGACGUAUUUGUGUGUACACCCUCAAUGGAAGCGGCACUAGGAACGGUCUCAUGCACCUAUGACUACGAAUGUUCUGGAGGUGAAAAAUGUAUGAAGGUUGCUCAGGAAGGGGAAAAGGUUUUCCGUUGCCGCCCUUCGCAAGUGGCAGAUCCGCGUCGAGAUCAACUUUGCCAGAGCAACGCCGAUUGCGCUUAUCAGCAGGUGUGCAGAAGGGUGGCUGGUGUGAGUUUAUGUGUUGAUGUUGCUUCAACGCCACUGUUCAACGUCCAAAAGAAGAUUGUCACAUUCAUCAAAAAUCUUCUGUUUUCAAAGAAAUGA